CAUGAAUAUUCAUGUAAGCAGGAGGUCGUUUUGCUCUGCAGCGAGCACUACUUGAGUUCAGAGGAGGAAACAGUACUGAUAUAAAUAGGCGGAUCAUUUUAUCACUGAUCAUAUUGUCAGUUUUAGUGAGUUCACUCUCAAGUCUGGAACAAUGUUUGCACGUGGAGUCAUCGUCCUUCUCUGUGUCCUAGUGGCCGUAUCUGAUGCAGCGAGAAAGCCUAACUGCAAGCGUUACCCGACUAAAGGAUGCACAAAGGAGUAUAAUCCCAAGUGUGGAUCUGAUGGAAAAACAUACGGCAAUGAAUGCGACCUGUGUGCUGCCAUCAAGGAAUCAGGAACUGAAAUCCUUAUUAUGAAGGAAGGCGAAUGCGAUGAUGAUCAACAGCCUUACUGCAAGCCUAAUCCAUCUGGAGCAUGCCCAGACAUCUAUUCACCCGUGUGUGGAUCUGAUGGAAAAACAUACGGCAAUGAAUGCGUGCUGUGUUUUGUCAUCGAGAAAUCAGGAACUGAAAUCUUUAAGGUGAAGCAAGGCAGAUGCGAUGAAGAUGUGCAGGAGUGACACAGGAAUGGCAGCAUAAUUCAGCUUGACAGACCUUUACUCAGCAUUAUUGUGUCUCAUUCAUUAUAACCUGAAUGUGUAACGGUUUAAUCCUUAAAUAAAUGCUGCAUAUUGAA